CUACAUAAGGGCUAUUACCCUUUCCCACCUCGCUCGGCUCCUCGCGCACAGCCAUUAGCGGAAGCCAACAUUUUGACAAGUAGUCGUCAUCGUGAAAUCGUCAUGGCUGGAGAGGGUGAGAACAAGGAAGUUGAAGCAGCUGCUCCUCCGCUCGAAACCACCACCGCAGCGGCCGACCAGGCGGAGAAACCUAAGGAGCCCGAGGCGGCCGGCGGUGAUGCCGCGCCAGUCGCGGAGGACACCGCGGGUAAAAAGCGGAAGGCGGAAGGGGAAGCGGGGGAAGAAGAGGCCGGCGCUAAGGAGGCCGAUGAGGUGAAAGCUAGUGAGGAAGGAGUUAGCGGAGACGGCGGCGAUGCUGAGGGGAAGAAGAAGAAGAGCGGUCCCGUGGUUCUAGGACCGCAGACAUUCGCAACCGGGCUUCAGAUGUUCAAUUUCUUCCUCGACCUGCUCCGCGGCUGGCCUGUCAACCUGGACAUUAACCAGUACGAGCACAUGGUGCUGCUAGACCUGCUGAAGAAGGGCCACAGCGACCCCACGUCCAAGGUUGGAGCGGGCGUGCGGGCCUUCCAGAUACGCCCGCACCCGCAGUUCCACUCGCGGUGCUUCUUCCUGGUGCGCACGGACGGCACGGUGGACGACUUCAGCUACCGCAAGUGCGUCGAGUCCCUCAUGGGUCUCCCGCAGGAGUUCACGCUCAGUGCGGCUAAGGAGUGGGAUGGUGGUGAUGGGGGAGGGCAUGGCGGCGGUGGUGGUGGGUGGAGAGGGAGGGGCCGGGGAAGAGGUGGCCGUGGUGGGCGGCCGUUCAAGAGGGGAAGGGGGAGAUGGUAAUUGUAGUGGGGAGGACAGCAUUGUGCAUAUGGGGGUGGACAAUGUGUUUGCUUCCCAUGUGCAAUAUUGUAGCGCAUAUUAUAGAUGUAUGGAAGGUCAAUGUAAUUUUGGAGGGCUUUCAU